UUGCCCCCAUCUUGGCUUACUACAGCGAGGUGCCAUUGUAGUAAUUCAGAUCUGGAGACAAGGCGCAUUGGAUUCAUCAAUGGUUGUAUGGAUCGUAAGCUUGCGAGUGAGGUGAAAUAUCUAUUUCGGUCAUACAGUUGACGGUUAUCUAUCCAUAGACAUACGUAUAUGUUUGUCAAAUUGAACUGAGAAAAACAGUUUGAAUUGAAGGUUGAUCUUGAAAGUACUAAUUGCGUGUGACAAGAAAGAAGUUGUCAUCUAAUAUGACGACGCCAGCAGCUCCAAAGGUUGCUGUUGCUCAAUCUAUACAAGAAUAUAGCAUACGGGUGCCAAAAAAUAAUAAAAAGAAGCACAAUGUCAUGAGGUUUAAUGCAACAUUGAAUGUUGACUUUUCGAAAUGGUCACAAGUAAAGAUGGAACGUGAAAAUAACAUGAAAGAAUAUAAAGGAGUAGAAGAAGAAAUGCCAAAAUUUGGCGCAGGAUCUGAAUUUGGGCGAGAUGCAAGAGAAGAAGCCAGAAGAAAAAAGUUUGGUAUCACCAGUAGGAAAUACAAACCAGAAGAUCAACCAUGGAUACUUAAGUCUGGUGGAAAAACUGGAAAAAAGUUUAAAGGGAUAAGAGAGGGAGGUGUAAGUGAAAAUGCUGCUUAUUAUGUUUUUACACAUGCAGCUGAUGGAGCCAUAGAAGCUUUUCCAUUGCAUGAGUGGUAUAAUUUUCAACCCAUUCAGAGGUAUAAAGCAUUAAGUGCAGAAGAAGCAGAACAAGAAUUUAGUCGUAGAAAUAAAGUAAUGAAUUAUUUUUCACUAAUGUUACGAAAAAGACUUAGAAAUGAUGAAGAAGGUGCGGAUGAUGAUGAAAUAAUAGAGGGAGGAAAAGGUAGGAAGCCAGGUAAAAAGGAGAAAGACUUGAAAAUAUCUGAGAUGGAUGAAUGGAUGGACAGCGAUGAUGAUGACUCUCUUAGUGAUGAUGAAGAAACUAAGAAAAAAUCUGAUGACGAGGAUGAUGGAAAGAAGAAGAAAGGCAAGGUUGUCUCACAGAAGAAGAAACGAAAACAGAAAGCAUCGGAUUCAGAGGCGUUUGAAGAAAGCGAUGAUGGUGAUGAAGAAGGCAGAGAAUGUGAUUAUAUUUCUGAUUCCUCGGAUUCUGGAUCAGAAUUGGAACAGCAAAAAGAAAUUAAGUCUGUUGCAGAAGAAGAUGCAUUAAGGAAAUUACUUGCAUCUGAUGAAGAAGAAGAUGAUGAAGAACAGGCAGAUAAAAAAGAUGGUGAUGAAGAUAAAGAUGAAGAGGAUGAAAACAAAGAAAAAGAGGAUAAGGAUAAGGAUAAGAGUAGUAAAGAUUCUGAGAAGAAAAAAGAUAAGAAAAAGAAAAAGAAACUCUCCAAGAAAAAAGAUCUGAAAAAGGCAUCAGGAAAAGAUUCGUCUAGUGACUUUUCUAGUGAUUCAGAUUCAGGAUCGGAUACAGUGAAAGAAAAAGAUAAUAAAAAAUCAAAUAGUGCACACAGCUCUAGGUCUGCAACACCCACGUCUGUAGUGGCAGGAAUGUCGGAUUCCAUGAAGAGGAAGCAAUCUGGAUCCCCAGAUCUGUCGCAAUCGAAAAAAUUGAAAUUAGACAAUUUUAAUUUGGUACCAGUGAGUUCUUAUAUACCAGGAGCUAGUGAAUCUGGAAUUACGGAAGAUGCAGUGAGACGGUAUCUUAUGCGUAAACCAAUGACAACUACAGAACUUUUGCAAAAGUUUAAAUCGAAAAAGACUGGUCUUACAUCUGAACAAUUAGUGAACGUAAUGACCCAAAUACUGAAGAAAAUUAAUCCUACCAAACAGACAAUAAAGAAUAAAAUGUAUUUAUCUAUCAAAACACAAUCGAACUGACAUUAGUAUAAUUGUUUUCGCAUCUGACUUCGUUAUUUAUUUUCACUAUGAUUAAAUAAAUAUUGAAGCCUACGAUGAAAAACUUUAUAAUUUGUAACAUAAUAAUAAAAUGAUUUGUAAUAUAA